CACACACACACACAGUCAUUUUAUUCUAUACAAUUAUUUCAUUCUAUAUGUUUGUUUUUUCAGUCUGGUUGAGACGAUAGCGGUAGACGAGGAGGUGGAGGAGGAAAUGGCGGAUGAGGAAUGGUGUGUGGUUGACAGCAGCGAUUCGCCGCCGGCAAAACGCGUCCACUUUUCUUCAGCGUGUGAAACGCCAAAACGUGGUGGAAAAGGUCGGGGCCACAGCAUUUAUUUUCCCGAUCAACGCGUCAUCGCUCAGGGCAGAGGAAGAGGCCGGCAAAUUGUUGCGGGUGGAGUGAGCGCGGAGUCGUCACUGCAGCAGACCAGUCGUAAUAGUGGACACCAAGCUGAAGCAUCAUUGAUUCUGCUAGACGUGACAAACUCAACUCAACCGAGAGUCGUGAACGCUACUGCUAACAACGACAACGAAGCCGAAAACAUUGAUCCGCAAACCUCUUCAAAGCGAUAUGAUAUAAACAUAAUGUCAAUGGCAAUGGAUGCGCCACUGUUGUUCUAUUUGCUGAAUGGUAACGAUGCGUGUAGUGUUAUUAAAAGAAUAAUUGAUCUUUUGUGUACGCUUAAAGCGAUGUGUGUAAAACGUGUUGAUAUUGAAAAAUGCUUUCUAGUUAGCUUAUGUAAAAAAACAUUAGGUAAUGUCAGUGAUGUUGUUGUUAAUGUUGAUGAUGAUGAUAGUAGGUAUCAUUUAAGUAUAUGCUCAUAUAACAAUGUAUUUUUAAAAGAUGCAAUUCAAAAUGCAAGCAGCGUAUUUGAUGUAGUAGAUACUUGUAUCUGUGCUCAAUUUUCUAUGCAACUAAACAUACUUUACUCGCAAAUUAAAUCAAUAGACUUUAAUGUAGCUGAUGUUGAUGAAGAUGAUGAUGAUGAUAAGAAGAAAGAAAAGAUAUUAAUUUAUAUUUUAGAUUAUUGCAUGUCAAAGGCUAAUCUUAAUUAAUGCGUGUGAAGCGGUGACGCUGCUAACAGCUAUACUGUAUUAUGUGAAAGGGAAAAUUUUUUUAUAAUAUUAGCAAAAAACACUGUCAACUUUGUAUGUAUGUAUUAUCACUGUCUCAGAUUCACCGCCACUUACCUUACUGCAGCUGUCAACUUUGUAUGUAUUUUCACCUUUUAUGUAUGCAGCUGUCAACUUUGUAUGUAUUUUCAACUUUUUAUGUAUUGUCAACUUUGUAUUUUGUAAGAUAUUGUCAACACACUUAUUUUAGCUGCUGCUAAAUUUGUAUGUAUCUAGUAUUUUUAAUAAACUGUGAACAUUGUA